ACCAAAAUGGCGAAGGCUUGUAACCGAACCGGGUCCUCUGUGUAUGUUUUGUAAGCUGUGACCGGCGCUCCCCCACCUACCACCGCCCCUCCAACUGAAGGGAGGGCCCGGCGGCCGAGGCCCAGCCUGAAGCGCCCGCUCGAGUUUCAGCCGUGGGAAUCGCUGUCACCGCAGGAGUGACCGAAUGAGAGACGCAACUGUGGUGGGCAACUCAUUGGUCCUCAAAAGAUCCCCUUUCCAUCGGCAUCCAAAGGCCUUUGAGCCAUUGACCAAGCUGUCUGUACGGCAUGGACAGAAACACAAGAAACAAGUGUGUAAACUUGAAGAAGGUCAAGAUGUCCUAGCAAGAUGGUCAGAUGGACUGUUUUAUCUUGGAACUAUCAAAAAGAUAAACAGAUUUAGGCAAAGCUGCUUUAUCUUGUUUGAAGACAGCUCCAAAUCGUGGGUACUCUGGAAAGACAUUCAGACAGGAGUCAUAGAUAGUGGGGAAAUGGUUUGCACAAUAUGCCAGGAGGAAUAUUCUGAUGCACCAAAUGAAAUUGUUAUUUGUGACAAGUGUGGGCAAGGUUACCAUCAGUUGUGUCACACACCGAAGAUCGACCCCAGCGUAAUUGACACUGAUGAGAAAUGGCUCUGUCGGCAAUGUGUUUUUGCCACAACAACAAAGAGAGGUGGGGCAUUGAAAAAAGGACCGAACGCCAAAGCCCUUCAAGUCAUGAAGCAGAGUCUACCAUACAUUGUAGAAGACUUGGAAUGGGAUAUUGGACAUAAAACCAAUGCGCAGCAAUGUUACUGCUACUGCGGAGGCCCUGGAGACUGGUACUUGAAGAUGCUCCAGUGCUGCAAGUGCAAACAGUGGUUUCAUGAGGCAUGUGUGCAGUGCUUGCAAAAACCUAUGCUUUUUGGUGAUCGAUUUUAUACCUUUAUUUGUUCUGUCUGCAAUUCUGGACCAGAAUACCUCAAACGUCUAUCUUUACGAUGGGUAGAUAUAGCACACCUUUGCCUAUAUAAUCUAAGUGUUAUUCAUAAGAAGAAGUACUUUGACUCAGAGCUUGAACUUAUUACAUACAUCAAUGAUAAUUGGGAUCGAUUACAUCCUGGUGAGCUAGCAGACACACCAAGAGCAGAAAGAUAUGAACAUAUUCUUGAUGCAUUGAACGAAAAUAAGACAAUGUUUAUGUCUGGCAAGGAAAUAAAGAAAAAGAAACAUUUGUUUGGCUUGAGAAUUAGAGUUCCACCGGUUCCUCCAAAUGCUGCAGUAAAGCUUGAAAAAGAAGAGGAAAGCACAUCUCAUGAGUUCAAGAUAAAGGGCAGAAAGUCAUCAAAACUUCUGUCUGUUACAAAAGAGGUAAACAAUGGUGAAGUUAAAAAGAGGAAACCUGUGGGUCGGCCUCCGGGCUCACACAGAAAGAAAAUUCUGCUGAAUGAAAUGUGCAAGACUCAGGCUUUGAACACUGAACCUGGUCCAUCUUCGGAGAAUGCUGCAGUAGAUUUGCAUGAUCAGAGUCGAAAGCCAGACAUCACCACUUUCUCGCCAAGUAACUCUGACUUGGAGUCCAGUGGCGCUGCCAGUUCAAAAGAAGCUACCUCAACCAGCAUUUCUAGCCCUUCAUCAGACUUAAGGAGAGUGACACGAACAGGGAGGUCCUGGUCGGCCUCCUUACCACCACCGAAGAAACGAGGACGCCAUCCACGUAAAGCCCUUCAAGUUCACAAUUCAGACAUGACAAACAUUGAUGAAAGAAAAGAGGACUCUCAGCUUUCGGGACUCAAUACAGAUAUUGUCAAAAACUUAACCGACCAGGAUUUACAGAUGCAUCAUCUGAAGAGUUCCAUUACGAGUUAUUUUGGUGCUGCAGGCAGAAUAGCAUGCGGUGAAAAAUACCGCAUACUUGCACGUCGAGUAACACUUGACGGAAAGGUGCAGUACCUUGUAGAAUGGGAUGGAGCAACAGCCUCCUGACCGCUGAACAGUUUCCUAUUCCACUUCAGGUUCCUUGAGGAGAAGAGCUAAUUAACUUAUUAUAUUGCUGUCCAUCCUUUUCCAACCAAAGUGCCUGCAAUACAUUGUAACGCCUGGCUGCAGAUGAGUAGCUGGAUAUAGACACAUGGCUGUCUUAAAUACUUGCAACAGUGAUUGGAUGGAAUGUUAGUUUGACCUUGUGACAAAUAGUUUAAGGAAUUGUGACACUGUUUACCAGAGGGAACUUUGCUUUUAACCAAAUAUCUGCAACAAUGCACAGAAUGUGGUGCAGUUUACAGUAUUUUCUAAUCAAACCUUUUGCUAAUGUGUUCUUCAUGUAAUGCGGAUUCCAUGUUAAUUAAAUACUGGUUAGCUCCUUUUGUUGUGAGACUGCCCUGCAAAGUGGUGUAAGCAGUGACCUGCACAAAACGGGGUUUAACCCUUUAAAAGCCAGAUGUGUAUUUUGUACCCUUUUGCCACUCAAGAGGUAAAUGUUUAAAGUGUCUUAACGCCACAGUGCCAUUGGUUUUUGAACAAUAAUGCUUUGUAGUUUGGAAUAUUUCACUAGACUUAGUGAUUCAAAGAUGUGCAGUUGGUAUGAUGCUCCCAGCUGCCAAAAAAUGUAAACUAGGGAUUUGCCACUCUGGGAUUUUAAAGGACACACGUAUGUAAAGUGAAUAUUCCUUUUAAAAUCAUGUUAAAUGUAUAGAUACUUGUGAAUCAUUUGAAUAACUAGACGCAACUGAAGGUGUUGUGGAACAUAUUGCUGUUUUUAUCUGUACAUGGAAGACAUUGCUUUUGCACAUAUGACUUUCUGGUGUAAAAAAUUUGCUCAAGAAGAUUUUGAAAGCAUCUAGUAGACACUAGCUUCCCCCUGCUUUCUCAGAACUACACAUACAAAAUUGUGUACAAUACAGUGUUCUGUUUUUACCCUGUUCU